UAGCAGUCUAAAUUAACGAAAAACAGAGUUGAAGCAUGGAAAAACAAUAUUGAAAAGAAUAAAGCCACAGGGAAGGUCAGGAGGUGUGUCAGUCUCUAGGAUCUAGGAGAGAGAUUUGUAUGGAGGAAAGAAACAUUAACAAUAGGCAGAGCUAAACUUUUAAACAAGUCCACACGAUUGAUUGGCUAGAGCAAUGUCAUCCUCGGCUCAAGGUCUCAGAGAACUGACCAAUGAGAUAUCCAGCCUCCUCUCAGAGGGGGGGAUUAGAUUAGCCCCUCAGCAUAAUGGCAGGGACUCUCCUCCGUCGUUUGGUUACCAUAGCUACAACAUCCCUACUCUUGUCCCACCAUCAGACACCAAACACGCUACAAGUAGUCCACUACUAUCAACCAGUGGAGUAUCGCUGAGUCAGCACAACUCACUACCGUCUACCUCAUCUGGGACAAGUCUGUCCAUAGAUACAGCCAAAGAAAACAGUUUUACAGUGAAUCCUAACGAACAAGGGCAGGGGCAAUCUCCACUAACUAACGAGCAGGGGCUGGGGCAAUCUCCCCUGAAUAACGAGCAGGGGCUGGGGCAAUCUCCCCUCAUUGCUAGACCAUUGUUUGCAGUGAAUGGUGGUAGUCCACUUUCCUCACGCAGUCAGAGUCGGUCCAGCCUCCUUCAGUUGCCAGGGGAUACGGUUAGUGACGAAACUAGGGCACAGAUAAAGGCUCACGCUCAGACGAUAGACAUACUAGUAGAUGAGAAGGCCACACUACAAGCGAAAAUAUGUCUGCUAACAAAACAGCUCUCAACCAAAUCUAGUGAAUGCUCCGAUUUCCAACUCCAAUUAAGGGAAUCACGCGGGAAAAUCGAAGAGAUGCGGAGAGAGCGUACAGUGUUGACGGAGGAGUUCUCACGAUCAUCCAAAGCUCUGGCCCAGUCUCGUAUUGAUGUCAGUGAAGCCAGAGAUGGUCUAGCAAGAAUAAGGGGACUCUUAGAGGACCAGCAACAGGAGAACACAGAGUUGGUUGCCAGGGUUACUACACAGUCCACUGAGUUGGUGGCCCUGCGAGAUACUGCCACUGAGAUGAGGAGCAAGCUCAACAUGUCAGAACUGCUUCAACAACAGCUAUCUGGGGGUUCCCCUGCUAGUGCCACACCCCCUCAAGCAGAUCUCUCCUCUCGACUUGCGGAACUAGAAGGGGAGACAGAGCGUCUCCAUGGUGAUGUACGACAGCUAAAGUUGGAACGAGACCAGUCAUACUCUGACCUCAGUGCUCUCAGAGAGUCACUAGUGGAACAGCACGAGACACAAGUCAAGAAGAUGGCUGAGGUCAAGGGUCAACUGGUGGAGAAGGAAGUUGCUAUGGAGACGAUGAAGGAGCAGCUAGUAGCUCUACAGGUUGUAAAUGAGUCUGUCAAGAAUCAGGUCGCUACUGAGCAUGCCCAGAGUGUGGACUCUAGCCGGGUUGCCAUGGAGAUGGUACAGGAGGAAAAGGAAAAGCUCCAGGCUCUAGUGAAGGACCUCUCUCAAAGCAAUACGGAGCUAACGAGCUUGAGUCGUGAGCAGGAAGGUCGUAUCACUGAGCUAGAGGUGCAGCUGUCUCGAGGGAGAGAGCAGUCAGUGGACCAGCAGUCACUCCUCACCACCAUAGCACAGGACAGGGAGGCAGUCUCCAGAGCCAUGUCACAGAACAAGGAGCUCAAGGCGCAGAUGGUUGAGCUACAGGACGCAUUUGUUCGGCUGAGUCAGCAGAAUAUGGAAUUGGCCAGUGAUCUAGAAACUGAGCGACUGAGAGUGGCUCAUCUGAAGACACACCCACUAGCAGAGCCAAAGGGAAAACCCCUGAUUACAGAGGGGGAAGAAAGAUCUGAUGAGGUUUUGUUAUUGGAGAAAACUGGCCUGCAAAAUCAGCUUGUCCAGUUACAGACUGAGCAUACAAACCUGACUGACCAGUUCAACCGGCUACAGACGGAUCAUUCAACCCUUUCCAACCAGCUGGUCGAGUUACAAGCUAGCCACACCCACUUAUCUGAGCAGCACGAGACGACUCUACAACAGCUCGUCACUAAAGAGGAGAGAGAAUCAACAGAUUUCUCCGAGCGUGAGUCUACAGACAUUCACAACAUGUCAGCUGAUGAGCUCUCUCACUUGCAACACAACUUCAACGCACUUCAGGCAAAGUUUGUGCAUCUUGUGACAGAGAAGGCCGACCUCCUGGAGAAGCUGCAGGAGAACGAGCACCUCAUAGUGAAUCUAUCGUAUGAGACAGAGACAAUAGGUGAUUACAUCACGUUGUACCAGGCUCAGAGAGAUGCUCUCAAGAGCAAGUUCAGAGAAAAGGAUCGUUGUAUUGAGCAGCUCACUCAAGAGAAGGUGUCCAUGCAAGCUAAGCUACGAGAUCUUCAAGGAUUGGUACGACAUGUCUUAUCUGAUCGUAGUGCCCUGCCGUCCUCGAUACCAGCCCCCACUGUGCGACCACCCCCCACAUCCCCCACAACCUCCACCCCCUCACGCCCACACACACACUCCACACUACCCCUUCAUCUAAGACCUCAACGAUCAUCUGAGGGGCAACUGAACGAUAGAAAAUCAAACAAUCUUGAGACCUUUGAUGAAAGUUGUCGGACAUUGGAAGCUAGUCAUGUGACUGAAGACGUGAGUCACAUGACAUUUGGUGACAGUCAAGUAACUAUUGAUGGUGACAGUCUCGUUUCCACGGCAACAACGGAACAGAUACUGCAUUUGUUGGAUGAACUGGACUCAGACAGAGAACACAGUCUACACAUACCAUGUAGGAUAUGUAUAGGACCUAUUAUCAAUGUUUGAUGUAUCUCUCAGAAUUAGUUAUAAUUAUAUUUCAA